AUGGGAACACGUGCUCCGCCCCCCUGCCCCGCGCCCAACACUCAGCACAGCUGCGAGCCGGCGCUGUCGCAACUCAUCGAUGAUAUGCAACGCCUGUCCGAGGAUCAGGACAGCGCCGACUUGGUAUUUAUAUGCGGGCGCGAGGACGAACGCAUUUAUGCCCAUCGCCUGAUGCUGAUGGCCCGCUGCAAGAGCUUCAAGACCGCAAAACGUGGCGAGGUCUGCCGCAUUCCCGGUUGCACAGUCUCGCCGCCGGCAGCACCUGGCACGCCCACAUCCAUACGCCUACCACAUGUCAAUGCAGACCUGUUUCGCCAAUUCAUAUUGUAUGUCUAUACCGCAAAGCUCAUGCUGCAAGAUUCGCGCGUAUUUGAAAUGCUUACGCUGGCCCAGGACAUGGGAUUUGCUCAACUGCGUGCUGCUUGCGAAGAUCAUGUGAUCUCCACUUUAUCUGUGGACAAUGCUUGCACAUUUCUUAGCGCUGUUAUGGAAAUGCACGAAAAGGCCGGCGCCAAGUGCGCGGCCUCCUUCAUGGAACGCUGCAUCAUUUAUAUUGGCGAGAAUGCCGCCGAGUGCGUCAAGACAAAUGCCUUUCUAAGCCUAAGCAAGGAGGCGCUCAUCAAAAUCAUUUCCUCUGACUAUUUCUGCCUGGAGGAGGAGGAAGUCUGGCGCUGCGUUCUGACUUGGGCAAAGUACCAGGCGGGCGUCACACAACCGACCGCUCACUGGACUGAGGAGGAACGUGCCCGCGUGUGCCAGCACCUGAGCGGUGUGAUGGGUCAUGUGCGCCUGCUGCUCAUCGACAGUCAGGUGUUUGCCGAGGAGGUGGAGCCCACUGGCGCCGUGCCCAUGGAGCUGCUGCUUGAGCGCUAUCGCUAUGCUGCACUGCAUGCUAAUAAACUGGUGGAUAAUGACAAGCGACUGCAGCCACGGCUCACUGUCAACAUGUUCCCCGGCUCACAGAUUUUGCGUAACGACAAACUGGCGCUGCAGAGCGUUCUCAAUGGCUGGUAUGGUGUGCCCAAGCAAGGCUGGCGUCUGGUUUUUCGUGCGUCCACGCAUGGCUUUGUGUCCAGCGCUUUUCAUCGCUAUUGCGAUGGUGUGGCACCCUGCAUGGUCAUUGGCAUGGGUUCCCACGGCGAGAUCAGUGGCGGCUUCACAGACGUCGCCUGGGCCAAGACAAGUCGCAAGGGGGGUUACGUGCAUUCGGAGCGCGCCUUCCUUUUUAUGCUGACACCACCUAAUGGGGAGCAGCCUGUCAAGUUUGACAUUGUAAAGAAACCCUAUGCCAUCUGCUAUCAUCCAGACUGUGGCCCCAUUUUUGGCGCUGGCGCUGAUCUGCUCAUAUCCAGCAACUGCAACAUAAACAUGGACUCCUAUUCGAAUCUGCCGCACUCCUACGACGGACCCAAUGCCGCCCAACUGCCGCUCUUCGGAGACUAUAACUUCACGAUUAGUGACUACGAGGUCUACACGCUGGCAGCGUCAGGAAGUAGCCAAACGACGGCCAGCAAUGGAGCCGCGCCCAGCGUGCCCACAAAGACAAAAUAUGAUAGGUAUUAG